UCGCCAUACAUUGUCUCCCCUCCUCUCUUUUCCUCUCCUCUAAAAUAAUCUUUGCUAUCUUCAAGCUAAACUUACAAGCUCCCUCUUCUGUAUUCCCAAUUUAACCAUAUUACUUGUUUUUCCAAUCUUGCUUGCUUGUCUACCUUUUUACCUUUUUGUUUCAGAGUUUAUCUACAUCAUGAUGCUGAUUAGAUAACUUGAAUUAAAGAAACAUACCUUAACCUAUCCUGCUAAUGAUGUUCACCAUAGUUGAUUGACUUGUCCGUCAAGUUGUCCUUUUUACCUUUUUUCUGCUACAUCUACUUUCAUUUUGCCAAACUUGAAGCCUGUUUUGUUAAAUUAUCUUAUUUAAUGUUUUACGCUGUGAUUUGAUAUUUUUUUUUGUAUUUUUAAGCCAGCAUCAACAAUCCUUCGUAUUCUGACAAAGACAAGAAUCAACUUCAUUUUUACAUCUAGUGAAUCAAUUGACAACCAGUGCAGUAAUCCACAGAACCAAUUCAAAAUGCCUGAAAAUGGAGAAAAUUCAACCCCAAGUCAAUUGGUGGCAACUGCUCGGCGAGCUUAUGCAUCUGACAUCACUAAAGAUGUUGCUUUCAGGAGGGAACAACUGGAAAAAUUGGAUACAAUGCUGGUCACUAAUGAAUCUGUUCUUGCCGAAGCCAUCAAACAAGAUUUGAGGAAACCCUACUUCGAAGCAAUUAUAACUGAGAUUGAAUUUGUUCGCAAUGAGAUUCAUGCUAUCCUUAAUAAUUUUGAAAGCUGGGCUAAACCACAAAAAGUCUCCAAGAGUCUCAUGACUUUAUUUGAUUCAGUUUAUUUACAUCCGGAACCAUAUGGUGUGGCUUUAAUCAUAGGAGCCUGGAACUAUCCUCUUAUGCUUACAUUGUGUCCAAUGAUAGGAGCUAUUGCUUCUGGUAACACAAUUAUUGUCAAACCCUCUGAGCUAGCUUCAGCUACAUCUAAAGCAUUAGCUGCUCUUAUACCGCGUUAUCUUGACAAGGAUUGCUAUCAAGUCUUCCUUGGUGGACCUGAAGAAACUAAGAAUCUAAUUAAAGAAAAGUUCGACUACAUUUUUUACACUGGAAGCAGUCGUAUUGGAAAACUAAUUUACUUAGAGGCAGCCAAACAUUUAACACCAGUCACUCUAGAAUUAGGAGGGAAAAGUCCACUAUAUUAUGAUGACUCAGCUGACGAGAACCCUGCAGCAAUUAUGCGUUUGGUUUGGGGUAAAUAUGUGAACAAUGGUCAAACCUGCGUUGCUCCUGAUUACGUCCUUUGCUCAAAAAAAGUACAAAACAGUCUUAUAAAACAACUUCCACAAGUAAUAGAGGAAUUUUACAGUGAUGAUCCUAAAACACAUAAGGACUAUGGUCGAAUCAUCAACAUCAAUCAUUUCAAGCGGCUUGUCAAGUUAAUUGAAGAUAACAAAAGUAAAAUCGUGUUUGGAGGCAAUUACGACGAACAGGAAUUAUACAUUGAACCAACUGUUAUGGCAAAUGUUUCUCCUAAUGAUUCAAUAAUGCAAGACGAGAUAUUUGGACCCAUUCUUCCUAUUGUUAUCAUGGAUAGUGUUGAAGAUGCAAUAGAGUUCAUCAAUAAUGGUGAAAAACCACUGUCUUUGUAUAUUUUCUCUAAGAAUCAGUCAAUUGUUGAUAAAAUAAGCCAAAAAACUUCAAGUGGAUCAAUCUGUGUAAAUGAUUGUCUGAUCCAUCUUUCAGUUGAUUCAUUGCCAUUUGGUGGAGUGGGAAACAGUGGCAUUGGUAGAUAUCGAGGAAAAUUUUCAUUUGAAACUUUCACUCACUAUAAAUCAGUGUUACAUCGUGGUUAUAAUUUUAUUCUCGAGGCUCUUGGAAGCCAUCGGUAUCCACCUUAUACUCCCCGAAGCCUGACACUUAUGUCUCUUUUGACCCGAAAACGUUGGUUUUAACACCACUCUGACGAUUAUUAAAUUAACCGACUGAGAGAUCUUUUUUGGUAGGGAAAAGAAAUAUUUUACAUAUUUUUGCUUAAAGCAAAUGUAAAUGCUGUUAAGUUGAAGCAAAGCUAUUAUCAAUAAAAGAUUGAAAACUCAUUAAUGGUAUAUUCAGACAAUAAAGAAGCAAUUCUAUGACAUUUA